AUGAAUGUUGGACAUUUAAGUUAUUUGUUCUUUCUGGUUCUGUUAAUUCUACUUGACUUGAUACCAUUGAAUGAAAGUCAAAGAAGGGCUAGAGGACGUCGUAGAUCACGAAUCACUCAAUGUAGACCAACUACAGCAGACAUUUAUGGUCCGUACUACCGUCCUAGUUUCCCUAAACUACAUCGAUUGUGUAGUCCCGAUGCAUCAAGGUAUAGGCAACAGGCUUUGAUUGUAAGUGGAUAUGUUUACGAAAGAAACUGUAGAACUCCAAUAUCUCGAGCACGACUUGAAAUUUGGCAAGCAGAUCGAAGAGGAAAGUAUGAAGGUACUGCAAGGUGCAGAGGUUAUGUACAGACUAAUAAUAAUGGCUAUUACCGGUUUUUAACAGUACACCCAGGAAAAUAUCAAGUGUCUUAUGCAGAAGCACAGAGGGUUGCCCAAAUGUACAACAGGCCAAUGGGACAUCGAUGGAGACCUGCACAUAUUCAUUUCAAGGUCAAUGGCAGAAGAGGACAUAAAUCAUUAGUUUCACAAAUGUACUUUGCGGGUGACGCACAUUUGGGUAGAAAUGACACGUGCGUAGUUUGCAAUUCAGAACAUUCGGAUUUAGUUGUGCGUCCGAAAAGAUCUUGUCGGAGAAAUGGAUGUGUCAGUUAUGUAAAUUUUAAUAUUGUACUAGACAGAGGCAAUGGACUCAAUAUAGGCUAA